GAAUGAUUCGCCAGAAGCUGACAUCCAAGAUGAAGUCUUGUUGGCUACCACCGACCUUGAACCGGAGCCAGAAGAGGUCCAGUACACCGAUACGUCCUACACAAGCGCUUCCUUUGAAUCUUUACCUCCUGUCAUUGAAGAACCAAAAACCAAAAAGAAGAAAGGAAAGAAACGGGUUGAGGAGACCGUUGAAGUUGUUAAGAAAACAAGCAGCGAGGCUUUCCAGUGGUCUGAAGAAUCUUUACCGGCUGAAGAGCAAGUUGCAAAAGUCGAAGAAGAAGAGGUUGUUGAAAAGAAAAAGGGUAAAGGAAAAAAGGGUAAGAAAGAAAAAGAAGAAAUACCUGCAUUUGAAAAGCCGAACAACUGGAAAAAGAUGAAUAAAAAGGAGAGAGAGGUUUGGCUUCAGCAGAGAAUAGAGGAAUGGAAGGCGGAAAAGGAAGCAGAGAAGCAAGCAAUUCUGGCAGGUGCGAAAGAGAAAAGAGCAGCCCUGGCUCGUGAGCGUGCCGAGUUAAUGGUUAAAGACAAUGCUGAACAAGAUGUCAGAAGAGAUAUACUGGCAAAGACAGUCAGUCUUUUUCAUAAAUUCGAAAAGCAAAAAUUUGAAUUUAAUAGAAAGAAGCAGCUCGAAUCCGAGUGGCAACAAUACCUACGCUGUGAUGGGCUCCCCGACCCUCGCGUGGUGACUCAGAUGAAUACAUACAUUCACCUGUGGAAGGAAACCGGUCUCUAUGAUGAUAAUGAGCUUAACAGGAGAUGUCAAGAAGUUUUGCCGAUGCUGGAAAUGCUGGAAGAAUUUGUCGCCAAUUCGAGACAAUAUACAGCGCUUCAGGCGAAAAGUUAUAAUGAGGUUCGCAUAGCCCUCCGUGAACAGCUGUCCAAUGCAAUUGAACUCGCAUCAUUCACCGUCCUCCGAGAUCUAGAAAAACGUUUCCAAUGGGAUUCCAUUAAGCUGGCCCGCUAUCAAAGGGAGUUCAACGGUCUAAUGCUUAAUUUAUGGGUCGCUGUUCCAUUACCCACUAGGAAACCAAAACCUGUUGAACCGGAAAGGGAACCAGUUGAACUAUCCUUCCCAUCAAUGAAGGUAGCUGUCAAAUUACCGAAGAUCAUAGAUGGAUCAUGUGUUUGCGUGCGCGCAGCUCGUUCUUUGAUCGAUUUGCUCAGCGAGAGUUCUAGAAGUUUCGCACUAGCUGCCGAUAUGCCAAACAGAUAUGAAGAUUUAUUCAUCUUUAAUGUAAAAGAGCAUGUAGCAACAUACAAGCUGAAGAAAGAACAAGAUGAAAUACGUACUAAAUUCUACAAGGAGAUACGCGACAAAAUCAAAGAGGUCGAAGCGUUUUUGAAAGCAAAUCCUUACACUAAAAAUGAAAACGAGAAGGAUGAACUAGACAAUUUAAAUAUGGCUGAGCCUCCAUUUCUACCUGAUCCGAGGACAUUCAUAGCUGAAGAGAAUGAACGUGCUUUCGCGAAGUAUUUGAAAACCUGCAACACAAGAACAAGAUCCGGCGAAAUUAAUCUGAGGAAGUACAGGAUCUGCAGUGGAGUAUUAAACCUCGACUUACUGGUAACACCGCCACAACCAAAGAAAUUUAGCGGAGGAUUGUUUAUGACAACAUUACAAAUCCCCAAACGAUUACAGCCAAUGAAAUACCAAGUACAAUACAGGGCCCCAUCGCCACCUCCUCCCGGAGUCACCAGAACUCCUGAGGAAAUUGAAGCCGAGCUGAAGAAGGUCGAGGCUCAAUAUGAGAAGCUCGCUUUAGUUUGUAUAGACCUUCCCCAUGACGUCAUGUGGACAGAACCGCCCGUGAUAUGCCAGUGGCAGGAGGCCAGGAAUCUUUGGACCAGCAACUACGUGAAUGAUUACAAGUUCAAUGAAGAUAAGCUCACCGUGCAGUUCAGGACUGGUGUACUGUGGCCAAUUGGUAUAGCAUCGCUCAGAUAUGGUAAUAUGCCAUACCAGGGAUGGGAUAUCAGACCAGACCCAAAUAGUAAAGGCGUUAUAGUAACGGUGACCGGAGUUUGUUUGACUAUAACGUGGAUUUGUAUCGGUAAUACUGUAAAAUUGAAAUGGAUCGCCAACGCCACAACGCCAGCUCUGAAGCAACACUUCGAUAAGCCGUACAGUGUGAAGAGAAUGGUGCAGAUAAUGCGUGAAGCAGCCUGUGACAUGUUCCCAGACUUCGACGCCCACAAUCACAUUGAAGGCACGAGCCCCAAGGAGUGGGUUAUGGAGAGACACCUGUACCACGCGAUGGGGUUCUUAUCGAGGGCAUAUCAAUUUCAGUGGAGCAGGUGGAACGUCUCAGCCGGCAGUCGUAAUAUAAUAAUACAGUUACGGGAGUCGGUUGACACGAAACGUGAGGCGAAAUUUCAACUGUUGCACGUUACGCCUCAGCACGCCACGAUACUCAAAUGUAUUGAACUGUCGCAAGAAUUUGACACGGAACCCGCUGUUGGUUUGCAGUUCUACCCAGACCUGUUCACCCUGAACAUGUCCUACGGUUCGGUAGACGCGAGACGGGCGACCUUCAACAUGAAGUACAGGCUGGUUGAAACGGUUUUCGAUUUGUUACAGGAGUUGAAACUUUGCAGUUAUUCGUAAAAUAAAUACCGA